AGCAUAGUUAAAAAGUGCCACUUGCGAUCCGUGUAAUAACCUAUCUACCUCUUUUUUCUUCUAACAUCAUUGUGUCACAUCGUUUGCAAGUAAUUGGGUACACAUUUGGACAAUUCUGUUAGAGAUGUCCUCGUAUUGGCUGUGUCAAUCUAGUGCUUGACAUAAUAUUUCAUCAUUCCUUCACGUUAUCACCUUCGUUGCAAAUAGCUCAAAUGCUGUAACUUCAGCAAACAAUUUUUGUAUUUAAGAACAACAUUUGAAUAUCUUCAAUCAGUCUCUGGUGAUACUAACAAGAAUAUCCAUACAAAAUGUUCGCUCUGGUAAGUUUUUGAGUUUUUCUUAAAAUAGGUUAGUACAAAUCAUAUUGGCAUAUCAAAAAAGAAGCAUAGAGCUGGGUUAGUUCUUCAAGGGUCAAAUACAGUAGCGGUGAUUCUUAAGAGGGCGCGUAUAGGUUGAGUUUCUUGGAGUACUAGUAGAGUAGAGGUUCCUCACUCAGGAACCAUAUCGCUGGAGCACUCAAAAGUUCGGAAACAGAUUUUACGUUAUAAAUUAAUAAAAUAUACUUAAAUUUAUAUAAAUUUAAAAGUACAAAACAAGUAGAUAACUGUGUAAAUGUUUUAAACAUCGUUUAAAAUCGUUAUUAUUCAAAGUAGGUAUAUCAAAUUGCGAUUGUUCUGUUUCAAGGUUUUCUAUUCGUCCUAUUUCCUGUUCUUUCAGUAUGGCAUAAUAUACGUAAUAAGUACCGGUAUAAUACCUUUUAAAACGUAAAUCAGGUCAUUACGACACCACAUCAAACAUGAUAGCAAAACUAAUUUUUCCCUCGCCUGAUAUAAAUUAUUAUGGGAAUUCCUUGAGGCGCGUGUAGAACUUUUCCAAAAGCUUCUUGAUUAUUUUUAACUACACUAAUAUAAAUAAAAGUUAAUUUCAAUUCAUUACUAAAAUUUUUAUAUGUCUGUUUAUUACUUUAUCAAAUGUUUGCAGAAACUAGUCGUGCUUUGUUCAGUGUUGGGAGCUUUAUCGGCACAGGAAACCAAAGAAGCUGUUGAAAUCCUCACGGAAAAAACUUUUGUCAACGAAGACGGAUAUAAUUUCGUGUACAAAACCAGUGAUGGGGUAUCGAGACAGGAGGAGGGUCAGCUGAUCACCGUGGGAGAUCACCAGGGCAUUGGAGUGAAGGGGUCAUACUCAUAUGUCGCUCCCGAUGGACAGCAGUACAUAGUAUCGUUCACAGCUGAUGAUAAGGGAUACAAACCUACUAUCAAAAUUGCUUCAAAUAGUCAAUAAAUAAUAUUAACUCAU